AUGCGAGCCCUGCGUGGGGUUUCUCCUCCAAGCCCGGGGCUCCCCACUGCCCGGAGUGGGAAGGGAAGCCUGGGGCCCCUUCUCCUGCCGUGGGGAUCCCCCGCCGUCCUGAGUGGGGAGGGCAGUCUGGAGUUCAUCCUCCUGGCUGCGGGGUUCCCACGGCCCAGGCUAGGAGCACAGCCUAGGGUCCCUCCUCCCGGCUACGGGGUCCCCCACGGCCGUGAGUGGGAACGCGGUCUAGGGUCUCUCUCCGCGGCUGGGGAGUUCCCACCGCCCCGAGAGGGAGCCCAGCGUGGGGGUCCCUUCUUGCAGGCUAACGGGUUCCUACAGCCCGGGUGGGAGCUCAGAAUGCAGUCCCGCCUCCGUGCUGAGGGGUUCCUAGGACCCGGGGUGGGAUCCCAGCGUGAGGCCCCUCCUCCCGGUUGCGGGGUUCCUACAGCCCCGGGAGGAAACCCAGCCUGUGGUCCCCUCCUCCGGUUUGGGUCUGGAGACGGCGCCAGCCUGCCAGGUGCAGCCGCCGCCCCAACUCACCUCCGGCCGACCGAGGCGCAAGCGCUCCCUGCAGGGUUCGGAGACAGCGGCGGGUGGGAAAGCCCGCAGCCCAGCGCGGGAAGCCCCGGCUCGCACAGGGUCCCCCGCGCCACCCCUUCCAGACGCGGGACGCCGGGGAGCCCCGGGGACCGCGCGCGCCUCCCGCCCGGGCUCGCCCCGCAGCCGGCCGCUUUGUGCGGCGCUGUCACCCGAAACCCGCCGCCACCCCCAGGCGCGUCCGCCGUGCCGCUCGUCCCUACCUCAGAGCGCUGGCCAGGUGGCACAGGCUGCCCCGGGCUGCCCAGGACCGCGGGAUAG